AUGUCGCCGUCAGGUAUGGAAGGACAAGCCGGCGCCGCCGGUCUCUCACCAGGCGGCGACGGUGACUCUGCAGAAUGGCCUCGGCCUCCACCACCUCCCCCGCGCCCUCUCGCCGUCCAGCCCAGAGAGCAGUCGCAACGCCAGGCGCAAGCGCAGGCCCAAGGGUCGCAGCACUCUUCGCCGUCCCUCGACGUGCAAGACGCGGCUGAGCGCCCCAGCGCCGCCGGCCUGAGAUCCUCCUUCAGGAUCGCGCCCGACGCACCCUCCGGCAGCCUCCGCGCCGUGACACCAGACUUGAUCGAUGCCCGCAUACUUGGGGCGAGCGCCUUCGCCGUGGACUCGCCUGCCGUGCCACCACCCGUCCCCCGCGACCUCGGGCCAUCCUCGCAGCAGGGUUCCCCAAUGGCCAUCCUCGGCGCCGGGAGCCGCCGCCAGGGCAUGGUCUUCCACGACUCCUUUGAUGAUUCGUAUGAGAGCACCGGCUCCAGCCCGCCGCUGAUACCCGCGCAGUACCAACAACAGCAAUCCCAAUAUCAGCACCAGCAGAGGCAGGCCAGCUCGGGUAUCCGUCCCAGGACCCGCACAAUGGAUGCCGCCAUGCUCAAGCAGAGGGGCGUCCCUGUCCCGGACCAGCGCCACCGAAUGGGCAGCGUCAGCUCGUCUGGCUCGCAGGCCCUCCUAGACGAUCAGAGGUCACCGCCGGCUCCAUCACUGGAGUCCGUUGGCCAUACCUCGUUGUCCUCAAAUAGGCACACAGAACCGUCCACACCAUCCACCCCGUCCAAAUCCAGAGAUAAGAAAUCCACCAAGCGGCUCCUGAAGCGGCAAUCUUCGCGGCCGACAUCGCCCGGACCUGCCCCAAUAGCUUCGGUCGACUCGCUCCCAACGCCUGUCACCACAAGCGAGCCCACGAGGCUCAUGAGCCUGAUGAAGGCUCUGAACGGACGCAUGCGAGGCGAGAUCGAGUACCAGGGCGAUGCCGGUGGUGCCUGGUCCUCCGGCUACGCCUACAUCGACGACGAGAUGGGCUAUCUAAUGUGUGAUUCUGGGCAAAAUAGCGACGGCUUCACGACGCUGAUAUCAGACCUGCGCGGAUGCCGGGUCCUGCCGGUGGAAUAUCCCGAAUCCGGCAAGGCAUGCCUGGAGCUAGUCACCGCGGAACAGCGGGCCACUGGCGAAUCGAUCCUGUUGCUGCGACCCAUGGCCUCUGACGAGUGGAAUCUGUGGCUUGCGGCAUUGCUGUGUUGGCAGCAAGUCCGGCCGUCGGGCGUUAGGAUGGCCAACGGCAGCUCCAGCAGCCCGGUCGCGCCGGUGAGACCAGGGCUGCGCCGACAGGGCCAGUCCGACGGCACGCGUGGGUCCAACAUCAUCAAGGUUGGGACGAUUAUGCUGUGGGACAAGGGGCAGGCGACGACGCCGCGAGACAUUUCGCACCGGUCGUCGACACGGGACCCCCGCUCGGCGCCGGCUACGUGGCGUAGAGUGUCCUGCAUCCUCCACGAGAACGGCGAAUUCAAGCUGCUCAUGGAAAACGACAUUACCGUCUUGUCUGUCAUCCAGCUCUCUCAACUUUCGCGGUGCGCCAUCCAGCAGCUCGACCAUACCGUAUUGGACGAGGAGUACUGUGUCGCCAUAUUUCCCCUCUACGCAUCGACGGCUACGCAACUUUCCAUAUUCCGCCCUGUGUACCUCGCCGUGGACAGCCGCGUCAACUUCGAGGUCUGGUUUGUCCUGCUGCGCGCGUUUGCAGUGCCGGACAUUUACAAGCUAGACAAUGGCGAAGACGACUCGAUUCAAGAGGUGGCAGACCUAGACAAGGAGCACGAGGAGGAGACAUUCCGGAUAGAAAAGACGGUCGGCGUCAGGGUGACUGAAGCCAAGAUCAGGGCACGAACCUCUGAACCGACGCCAAACCACGAAAAGGGCAAGGAUGAUCUGCUGGUGGGUAACUAUCUGGCCGAGGUUACUAUCGACGGUGAAGUGCGAGCCAGGACCACGACCAAGACGUUGACGAAGAACCCGUUUUGGAGAGAGGACUGCGAGUUUGUGGACUUGCCGCCGUCGGUGCAGGAACUGUCGAUUGUUCUGAAGCGCGUCGAAAGUAUUGGCCCGAAAACCUCGGGAAGCGCAAAUGAGGUGUGCUACGGAACGGUCAACAUUGUGCUGGACCAGCUGGAGCGCAGCAAGGACCACGAAGAAUGGCUGCCGAUUAUUGAUGAAAGACAGCAGACAGUAGGUUCCAUGCUGGUCAAGGUGUCGCACGCUGAGCUCAUUGCGCUACUUGCGAAAGAGUACGAGCCACUCUCCGAGGUCUUACACCGUUUCCCAUCCGGCCUCACGACUUUGAUUUCAGCAGCCCUGCCGGGACAGCUGCGGCGGCUUUCCGAGAUCUUCCUCAACAUCUUCCAGGGCUCGGGUUCCGCCGGCGACUGGCUUAUGGCGCUGGUGGAGGACGAGAUUGACGGCAUAGGGAGCCAAAACUCGAUCAAGAAGUUCCGGUUCAGCAGCAGGCUCAAAUCAAACGAGUCAAUGGAGUCGGCUACGGACCGGGAACUCCUGGUGCGAGACAUGACCAAGUCGCUGGCUGGCGAGGCGAACCUGCUGUUCCGCGGCAACACCCUCCUCACGCAGUCCCUCGAGUUCCACAUGCGCCGACUCGGCAGGGAGUACCUGGAAGAGAUGCUCCAGGAAAAGAUCAAGGAGAUCAACGACUUGAACCCCGACUGCGAGGUGGACCCGAGCAGGCUGCCACAUCACACUAGCUCUGCCGAGCUCGACCAGCGCUGGAACCGACUGAUCCUGUGGACCACCGAAGUGUGGCAAUGCAUCGCUGGAUCGGCGAAUGAGCUGCCCAGCGAGCUGCGGCACAUUCUCAAGUAUAUCCGCGCCGUCGCCGAGGACAGGUAUGGCGACUUCCUGCGCACAGUCACGUACACCGCUGUCUCGGGGUUCCUGUUCCUGCGAUUCAUAUGCCCGGCCAUUCUCUCGCCGAAGCUCUUCUGCCUCCUGCGCGACCACCCGCGCCAGAGAGCCCAGCGCACGUUGACCCUGAUCGCCAAGGUGCUCCAGAAGAUGGCCAACAUGUCGACCUUUGGCAAGCGCGAGGAGUGGAUGGAGCCCAUGAACAAAUUCUUGACGACGCAGCGGCCGGUGUUCCGCGAGUACAUCGACCAAGUGUGCAGCAUCCCGGCGGACAGGGCGGUCAAGUCGGCGCCGCCGAGCUACAGCACUCCCGUCACCAUCCUCGGGCGGCUGAGUCCAGCUGCGCGAGAGGGCUUCCCGAGCCUACCCUACCUGAUCGACCCCGCGCGGAGUUUUGCGAGCUUGGUCAAGCUGUGGGUGGACCUCUGCCCUGCCGACAUUCGAAAGGGGCAAGUAGACGGCGACCUCAUGGUCUUCUCCGAGCUCUGCCACGCCCUACAGAAGCGCGCCGACGCGUGCCUGGCCAAGGUAGAGAGCGUGCGCGCCACGGAGAUGUCGUCGCGCGGCGCCGAGCAGCUCGCGGAGACGCUCGAGCAGGCCAGCCUCAUCGAGUCGCUGAGCACGCCGUACGGGCUGCCCACCAUCGCGUGCGACAUCGACCAGGCCCCCGGCAGCUCCGGCAGCGAUGGCGGCGACGAGAGCCGCCGCCGCAGCAGCAGGGAGCUGCGCAGGCGCGACGACGCCCGGAAGGUGAGCGGCCUGCGCCACGCCAGCGGCGCGGGCGGCACCGUCAAGGGCAAGAACGGCAAGGUCGGCCGCACGAUACUAAGCGGCAUCAUGAGGAUUGGCGGGCGAGCCGAGAGCCCCGACGCGAAGCAGGCGAGAUGA